AUGCCAUAUCUACUGACCCAAAAACCGUCACCUGAGAAAGAGUCCUCUCUCUUAACACAGAACAUAGUUGAGAACCUGGGUACACAGAACAGUCCAGUUAGAGACCCAGAGAAACUUCUCCAGGAUAUGGAUGUCAACAGACUCAGGGCUGUUAUAUAUCGUGAUGUGGAGGAAACCAAGCAAGCACAGUUCCUGUCAUUAGCCAUUGUUUAUUUUAUCUCGGUGCUGAUGGUAUCAAAGUAUAGAGACAUCCUGGAACCUCCCACCAAUGCUCCCUCCUCUCCUCCCCCACCUCCCCAGACAGCUCACACCAAUGGGGCAUUCACACAACACCAUUUCUCAGGUACUGAGCGCACAGGAGAAGUUGAUGAGGAUGGUGAAUAUGAGGUUAUUGUUGUAGAUCAACAUAAUUCCUCCAUUCUAGCAUCAGACCCCUGUUCCACUGCCUCCUCAGGACCUCCAUCUCUUAAGUCUAACCACACUCUAGGAACUGGUCCUGUUCCUAAGUAUGGUUGUAAUGCGUAUGGGGCUAAGGUUACCAAACCUGUAGCUCGCAACAACAUGAUAAACCCCAAGGGCUCUGAAGUUGGUGAAGCUGGAAGUGAUGUUGGAUCAGCAGCUGUCAGCCUUAAUGAGGAACAGAAUGCACAGCCAACUGAUGAUGCUUGGACUGAUGUCAACCUCAAUGAUGGAACACCUGAAGAAGUUGAAACCAAAUCCCAGAAAUCUGUGUAUGGUGUAGGAGAGACAAGUGAGGUGACGCAGCAGCAGCAGCUUUCUACACAGCAGCAAGUAGUACCACCCCAGAUGCCACCACCUCAAUCUCUGUCACAGCAAGACCCUCAGCAGCAGCUCUCUGGCCAGAUUUCAGUGCUCUCAUCUCCGUCCAACAUGCCUGAUCCAGUGACAUCCUCGGUGAAGCACCAUCGACCAGAAGACCUCAACAUCAAGCCUUUCCUUCACUCAGACUUACCCAUCCCGACCCCAUCACGUGAAGCCUCCCUCACCCAGAAAUUGGAGAUGGCUUUAGGGUCGGUGUCUCCUCUAUUAAGGGAGAUCAUGGUGGACUUUGCCCCAUUUCUAUCCAAGACGCUGGUGGGCUCCCAUGGACAAGAGCUCCUCAUGGAAGGUAAAGGACUGAUGACAUUCAAGCACAGCCAGAGUGUAGUGGAGUUGGUGAUGUUGCUGUGUUCACAAGAGUGGCAAAAUUCUCUCCAGAAACAUGCAGGUCUUGCUUUCAUUGAACUGAUUAAUGAGGGAAGACUUCUUUCACACGCCAUGAAGGACCACAUAGUGCGUGUUGCCAACGAAGCUGAGUUUAUCCUCAACAGAAUGCGAGCAGAUGAUGUGCUCAAGCAUGCUGACUUUGAGUCUUUAUGUGCUACAACGGUACUGGAAAGACGGGAAGAGGAGAAAAUGUGUGAUCAUCUUAUCACAGCUGCAAGGAGAAGAGAUAACGUUGUUGCUGCACGUAUUCUCGACAAGAUAACUAAUAUUCUAUCCAAUAAACAUGGUGCAUGGGGUAGUGCACAUCAUGCCUUGAACAAAAGUGCUCCUCCCCAGUUCUGGAAGUUGGAUUCCUGGGAAGAUGAUUCUCGUAGGAGAAAACGCUUUGUGCCAAACCCUCUUGGGUCUUCCCACCCAGAAGCGACUCUGAAGGCUGCCAUUGAACAUGGAGCACCUGAAGAUGCCAUUUUACAGGCAAGAGAAGAAUUCCACGCUCAACUGGCAGCACAGAGACGAUCCUUGCAGCAGCCUCUGCAGUCUCCUGACCUCUUAGAUGACUCAGAGCUCACUACUGAUGAUCGUGACCUUGAUGCUGAUGUUACCGGCAUGGUGAACAUGAGCACUCGUGCAAAGUUGGUUGCGCCAGGACUCGUGGUGCCAGGAACCGUGUCUAUCACCGCGGCCGAACUGUACUUCGAAGUCGACGAAGAGGACCCCGAAUUUAGGAAAGCUGAUCCAGAGGUAAGUACAGACUGA